UGCCCGAGCACACCACAGAUCUAGGCAUAGUUAGCUGUAGUCUAACCUCAAAAGACGGACCUGGGAGUUUGGUGAAUGAGGUCGUUAAAGUUAAAGUUGUCUAAACUUCCUUUGUUUCGCUUCUGUUUUGCAAUUCAUUUGCUUUUCACUUACUUGAAGUAAGAUCUUUGUCUCCAGCAGUGUCUCCUCGGUAUUUGUAGUGAGGUGGUUAGGCUCUUCGCCGUCGAAGUCUAAAAUUUAGCCAGAAAGAAGCAAACGGUAUCAUUAUAAUAUUGCGGAAGAGUGAUCAACUGGACACAAGUCAGAGAAGAUGGCGUUACGUCACGGAGCCCUCUCUCUAGUCCUGCUGGCCGUGGUCCUUGUGGUCAGGGUGGAGUCCGGCAAGAACUGGGCGCUGAUAGUCGCCGGAUCCAAAGAUUACUACAACUACUUCUCUCAGGCUGUCUCGUGCCACGCCUACCACACAAUGCGAAACAACAGCAUCCCCCCAGAGAACAUCGUCCACAUGGCUUAUGAUGACUUAGCUCACGACCCCGAGAAUCCCGUCCAAGGAAACAUCGUCAACGUCCCUGAAGGGCCGAACCUUUACCCUGGAUGUAAAAUGGACUACCGAAAGAAAGAAGUGACACCGGAAGUCUUCCUCAAAGUUCUCACAGGAGACAAGGAGGGCGUGAAGAAGCUGAUUGGUCGAGAGGGUAAGGUGGUAGACAGCGGUCCUGACGAUCACGUGUUCGUUACAAUGGUUGAUCACGGAGGUCCAGGAGUCUUCUACUUCCCAGAUUUUGUUGAGCUGCACAACACUGACCUCAACAACGCCCUCAAGCAGAUGCACAGAGAGAAUAGGUACAAGGAGAUGGUGCUUUAUGUGGAUUCCUGCAACUCGGGGAGUAUGUUUGAGGGCAUACUCCCGAAAAACAUCAAUAUCUACUCUACCACCUGCGCCAAUACCCACGAGUCAGGAUAUAUGUGCUGCUGGGAUGAAUUCCGCCUCUCUUUCGUUGGAACUCAAUAUGGCAACGCGUGGGUGUACGACACAGACAAGGCAAAUCUCCACAAGAAAACACUCUACCAGCAGUAUGAAGUGAUGAAAAAAGCUUGCAAUGUCUCUGGAUCAGUGAGUCAUCCCCAGCAGUACGGAAAUCUUAGCAUGAACAGCCAAGUCCUCGCUCAAUACCAGUCGAAGGCGGAGGGAUACCAACCCGGUGUCUGUCUCAAUACACUGGAAGCCGAUAAUACUCUGGGGUCAAAGUUCACCUUUGCUGGCAUUGACCUCAAUAACCCCGCCAUCGACAUGGUUCCGAUCGCCACCGUGGCUCGUCGCCUCAUCGAGUCACGUGACCUCAGUGGUGAGAAGCGAGAAGAGCUCAAGGCCGAAUUACGUCACAUGAUGCUGGUUAAGGAAAAAGCCGAGUCAUUGACUAAAGACUUGGUCAAGGCAGCCAUGUCCAGCCCCAGAGGUCUGACGGAAAUCGACAUACUGACCGGCAAAGAGCGAGUAUUUAACUCUGAGUGUUACAAGGCCGCCCUGGGCCUCUUCUCUGCCCGAUGUCCCGGCAUCAACAUGGGGAGGUACCCAUUCGCCAGGAGAAAUCUACAGGCCUUUAUCAACCUCUGCAACCACCAGCGCCAGACUGACGUCAUGAACGCCAUCAUGGAGGUCACGGAGAAAUACGGAAUUUGCCGAGCUCUCUAGACCCGUGGGAUCGAGUCGUCCCUAGUUUCCGACGGUCUCCCCUUCCACUGAUUUCUACUUCUUUACCUGUGUCUUAUUGCUAUUAUUUUUUAGUUUGAUGUUUUAAUGUUUUUGUUGUUGUUGUUGUUGUUGUUGUUGUUGUUGUUGUUGUUGUUGUUGUUUAAUACCUUUUUCUCUUUAUCAAAACAGUUUUAAGAAACGAGAUAAUAUCUUAGUCUACAAUCUUUCGGUCCAUUUCCAAGGCUGCAUUUGACUCAUAGAUCUCAAUCUAAUUAUUUUGAAA